GAGCGUAUUUGCGGUUUGGAAAGCAAGGCAUAUCUACGAGCAACGUUUCGUGGUCGCUAACAUCAACCUACGCUACCCCCAUUACAGGUCAUUAGCAGACACAAUGGGCCGUUACGCUGCCGAACCCGAGAACCCCGCCAAGUCCGUCAAGGCGAAGGGUUCUUACCUCCGCACUCACUUCAAGAACACCCGUGAAGUCGCCAAGACCAUCUCGGGCAUGAAGUUGAGGAAGGCCGUCACUUUCCUUGGUGAUGUCAAGGAGCACAAGCAGGCUGUGCCUUUCCGUCGUUUCUCUGGCGGUGUCGGCCGUACUGCCCAGGCCAAGGUGUGGGGUGUCACUCAGGCCAGGUGGCCCGUGAAGUCUUGCGAGUUCGUUCUCGGCCUCCUCAAGAACGCUGAGAGCAACGCCGAGGUCAAGGGAUUGAACUUGGACUCGCUCGUUGUCCGUCACAUCCAGGUCAACCAGGCCCCCAAGCAACGUCGUAGGACCUACCGUGCUCACGGUCGUAUCAACCCCUACAUGUCCCACCCCUGCCACAUCGAGCUGACCUUGGUCGAGGAGGACAAGCAGGUCGCCAGGGAAGAGAACACCGUUGCUCCCAGGCUUUCCAAGAAGAGGCAGAUCCGCGCCAGGACCGCAGCGUCCCGCGCCACCCCCGCCUCCGCUUAGAGGAAAUAAUCAUUGACCCACCACCCCUUUGAUUUUUAUCUCUUUGUGAAUACACCACCACAGAUGCCCGCUCCGCCCGUCUUCUUACUUAACUUCCGCGAAAUACAAGUGUGAAAAUUUGAUUGGAAGCCCGGCGUAUUCUGAGUCUGACUGGGCUGUGGUGGCCGUGCAGAUGGUUUGUUCCGGUUCACCUGUCCCCCUCCUGCCAGUGCAUAGAGCAUGUACACACCGCCUCCCCUACACAUGUUGGCGGGUGGGUAGAGCCCCACUUAAAGAACAGUGGGAACAAUGUCAAAAGCCCG